GUACUUUGGUCUUAAAUUAAUUUCAACAUAUUAUUCUCCUGCACACGCUGCGUGGAAAAUGGAAACUUUUUAAUUUGCAUCUUCUGCCGACCCGGCCCCCACCAUAAAUCGAUGCGUCUCAAUGUCAACGGCGACGACUACGUUGAACUUUUUCACAGCAGCCACGGAAGACGAGCGUAGCGAAAACGCUGAGGGGCGAGGUCUCUGCUGCUGCGAAUACAUUGACCACGAUAAUCAGCAAUUUCACAUCUUAGGAUGCUGCUGUAAUUGCGUCGACUUUGACUUGAUCUGCACACGCUUCGUCACGUGUAAGCGCAUUGAACAACGCAACAUAGACGGCAUGUUGAUUGCAUUCCAGGAUCGCCUGCGUUUACCAUGGCGUGGCGGCGCCAAACGCAUCGCACCCGCUGCACUGGCGCCCGCACUGAUUGUGCCCCUGAUGAUGGGACUGGCGGCACUGAACGCGAAGACUGCUAUAGUGUUAAUGCUAACGCUUGUAGGCUUCACCAGUUGGGGCUUGCAACUGGCGGAGCGUACCGCGACGCGGACCAGCUUCUUUCUGAGUUGGAUCGUCUUCUCGGUGAUCUAUAUGGCGUUGAUAUUUGAGUGCGAGGUGCCGCUGCUGGAGCUGCUGCCCGAAGAGAACUGUAUAUUGCUGUUCUUAUCGUUUGCUGCACUCUACGCACUAUAUCGCACCAAGAAAUUGGCACCGCUCAAUCUGGUCACAGCACAAUAUGGUACCACGCCCAAGGAUGAGCUGCCGGGCAUCACGGAAGCCUCCAGUGGCGAAGAACUGGCCGAACAGCAGUCGCACCAGGCUGCCGUACAAAUCGAAGACACUGUUCUUGGCAUUGAGGAUGACGACGAUGAUGAUGAUGAUGAUGACAAUGACGUUGGCUCCGAACAAGCGGGUCUCAUCCACCACGCCCAGCCGAACAUAUGCGAGACUUGCCGCAAGGUGACACCGAGGCGCGCAUAUCACUGCUCCGUGUGCGGCAGCUGCGUCAAACGUCGCUCCCAUCACAGCUAUUGGCUCAACUGUUGCAUUGGUGAGCGCAAUUAUCGCUGGUAUCUGCUGGCGUUGGCCCUGUCCGAGUGUGCACUGCUGCUGGGCGCCAACUUAACGUUGACAGCCGUCUGUCAUCCAUUUCUGGUUGUGCGUCUGCUGGGAAUUCCUUUGCUGCUGCCCGAUGACUGCAGCGAGGUCUUCGAGGACUUUGAAUUGGGCAUAUCGUUUGUUGUGGCUGGCUAUGCGAUGCUCAUCUCUGGCUACAUCAGCGUCAUCCUGGUGCGUCAAUUGUAUUUGUACUGGCGCGGCACCACGCUGCAUGAAUAUAAUCGUGUGCCAGCCUCCAAUGGGAAUCGCAAUCGCGUGUGGAGCAAUUGGCGAGCCAUUUUAAAGUAAUGACGUUGAGGAGUACCAUAUGCAGCAGCUAGGAAAGCCCCAAUUACUUGAGAGGAGUGCAACAAUUAUAUAAAAGCUAAACGAGCUUUGCCUGUCUGAGCCGAAUCUUGGGCCAUUGUAUAUGUUUUUGAAGCCCAAUCUCUUAACGCAGUGUGUAAUCCAACUAGAAUAUAGCAAUCUAUUUAUAUUUAUUUACUCACAGAGCAAGCGCACAAUUUAUGCUUUUAGUAGGUAUGCAUAGUAUUAAACGAGAUAACUAGCGCUUUGAACGUUUAGUCGUGAUUAAGCAAUUAAUCGAAAUAUGCUUAGUGUAAGAAUGUAUUGAAUGAAAUAUUCUGAUUUACGAAUACUUAUCAAAUGUAUUAAAUGUAAACAGAGCUGUUGAGAUUUAAGCAAUUAUCAGUCAUUUAUUCAAUUAAGUUAUAUAUUAUUUUCAUUCAAUUACUGAUUCAAUACUAAAAUAACAGCUCUCUCUCUUUACAAUGAGACAAUGUAAUAAAAUACGUCUUUAAGCUUUUUAGUUGAAAUUAAAUUGCAAUUUAUUCUGA